AUUACUUUCCUAUGAGUUGGGAAUAUUGUGAUGAAUGCAGAGUCUGGUAAUAUCAGUGUAUAUUGUAUUUAACACAGCUACAGUAUCACUGCAUAAUACAAUGCCUUGUCAUAACUCAAUAAUCCAUGCUUCAGCAUGCUUUAAAAGUAUAACAUUCCAAGUCUAUUUUUUUCAUCUUUUCUUGUUUUGACAUGAUGUGUAUGCAUUGAUAAUAAAGUAAAAUGUCACAGCACUGUGAUAUGCAUGGCACUUAAAACAGUGAUUACAGUUCAGAAACAGCAGUGCAAAAGCAAUGAGAAUGCCACAUGGUUUCUGUCACAACCCCUCAACUUUGCCAUUCCAGCACAAAAGCAGCCAGAGACAAUUUGUAAACAACUAAGUGUGGUUGUGUUCCAAUAAAACCUUAUAUGUGGACAAUGAAAUCUGAAUUUCAUUUAAUUUCCACAUGUCACAAAAUAGUAUUCUUCUUUUGAUUUUUCUUCAACCUUAUAAAAAUGCAAAAAUCAUUCCUGAUUCAUGAGCCAUUCAAGAACAAGUGGCAAGCUGGAUUUGGCCCCUGGACUGCAGUUUGCCGACUCUUGCUUUCAGCUUCUAUCUUAAUAAUCUAGCAAGGGAAGCAAAUUAAAACCAAAAGAAGCAGAAGGAACAAGGUAAUAAAGUUGAGGGAAGAAAUCAAUGAAAUAGAAAACAAAAACAAGAGAAAAUUUCAAUGUAGCCAAAAGCAGGUUCUUCACAAAUAUCAAUAAAAUGAAUAAACCUCUAGUAGGAUUGACCAGGAAAGAGAGAAAAAAAAAAAUACACAUUACCAAAACAAAAAAUGAAGGAGGGCUAUCACUACAAACCUUGGAGCUACUGAAAGACAAAAGAGAGUUUAAUGAAAUGGACAAAUUCUAUGAUGGUCACACACCAAAGCUUGCCCAAGAGACAGAGUAGUUAAUCUGAAUGGUCCUUUAUCAAUUAAUGAAAUUGAAUACAGAAGAGGUAGAAAUAUUUCCAACUCUUUUUUUUUCCUUUUUUUGCCAGAGUUCUUUUGGCUAUCCAACUCAUAUUUUAAAGCCAGUGUUAGCCUUACACCAAAAUCAGACAAAGAUCUUAUCAGAAAAUUACGUAUCAAUAUCCCUUACAAACAUAGAUACAAAAAAUCUUUAAAUUUUAGCUAAUCAAAUCCAGCAAUAUGUAAAAUAGAUAAUGUAUUAUGACCCAGUGACGUUUUUCCCAAGAAUUCAAGAUGGUUUAUUUUAAAACCAAUCAAUACAAUUUUAAGAGAAUAAAAAUGAAACAUUAUAAAUCACCUCAAUAGAUACAGAAAAUGUAUUUGACAAAAUUCAACAUAAUUCAUAAGAAUGCUUAGCAAACUAAGAAUAAAAGGCAAUUUACUCAACCAAGUAAUGGACAUCUAUGAAAUACCUACAGCUAGCAUAUGUAUUGUGAAAGACUAAAUGCUCUCCAAGAUCAAGAACAAGACAAGGAUAUUUGCUCUCACCCCUUCUAUUCCACAUUAGAACUGAGGUUCUAACCAGUGCAAUAAGGCGAUACAAAAAUAAAAGGCAUGCAGAUUGGAAAAGAAGUAAAGCUGCUUUUAUUUACAGAAAACACGAUUGUCAGUGGAGAAAAUCCUAGGGAAUCUGCAAAUAGCUCCAGAACUAAUAAACGAGUUGUGUAAGGUUGCAGCAUAAGAGAUCAGCAUACAAAAAUCAAUCUUAUUUCCACAUACAAGAAAUAACUGGAAACUAAAAAGAGUAAAAUCAUCCAAAAAAUAUUAAAUAUUCAGGGAUAAAUUUAACAAAAUAUGUGCAAGAUCUGUAACCUGAGAACUAUUAAAAUCUAAGAAAAUUAAAGAUGACCUAAAUUAAUAGAUAUGUGUGUAUGUGUUUAUGAAUAAAAACACUCAAUAUGCGUAAGAUGUCAAAUUAUCUUGAAAGUGACCCAUAGAGUCAAUGGAAUCCCAAUCAAAAUCCCGGCAGCCUUUUUAGGAAAAAUUGACAAGCUGAUUCUAAAACUUAUAUGGAAAUGAAAGAACACAAAACAGACAAAAGUUCUGAAAAACAAUAAAGUAGGACUUACUAACACAGAUGUAUUCAGGUGGGGUACUUCUAAGGGGUUGAGGGGAAAAAUGCCUGUUGGGGGUGGAUGUCUACUACAUGAUUUUAAAAUUUACUAUAAAGUUACAGUAAUCAUGGCCGGGCACGGUGGCUCAUGCCUGUAAUCCCAGCACUUUGGGAAGCCGAGGCGAGUGGAUCACCCGACGUUGAGAAUUCAAGACCAGCCUGACCAACAUGAAGAAACCUCGUCUCUACUAAAAAUACAAAAUUAGCCGGGCGCGGUGGGGCAUGCCUGUAAUCCCAGCUACUCGGGAGGCUGAGGCAGGAGAACUGCUUUGACCUGGAAGGAGGAGGUUGCAGUGAGCCGAGAUCGCGCCACUGCACUCCAGCCAAGGCAACAAGAGCGAGACUCCAUCUCAAAAAAAAAAUAAAGUUACGGUAAUCAAGACAGUGUGGAACUGACAUAAAGGCAGACACAAAGAUCAGUGAGAGAAACUAGAGAGUCAAGAAACAGAUUCAUACAUACAAAGCUAACUAAUUUUCAACCAAAGUGCCAGAGCAAUUCAACGAGGGAAGGACAAUUUUUUCCAGCAAAAGGGUCCUGAAACAAAGUAGCUAUCCAUAUGCAAAACAAAAACUGAAUCUCAACCCUUACUUCACAUCACAUACAAAAAUUAACUCAAAUGGAUUACUGACCUAAAUGUAAGAGUUAAUACUAUAAAGCUUCCAGAAGACAACCUAACCCAAGGUAUUUUUUUUUUCCAUCAGUUCCCCAAGCCCCAAUUCCCAUGGGGCAAUUUGAAAAGGGCCAUGUAACAUCUGCAAAGGAAGUAGUCUGAAUUACAGGAGAGGAGGCCUAAGCUUAGAGAACCUGAAUCUAUUAAGUUUUAUGCUUCCCUACCCCUUGUUCCAAAGGGUAUCUUCCAAGGCUGUAAGCAAACCUGACCUUUGCUCUGGAGAAAGACACUAUCUCUUUCUACCCUCCAAGGCUGUUCAACUUGGUACCUCCCUUCAUCCUGGGGAGCCCUUCUGCCUCCUCUAUGCUGUCCUUUUUUUAUGUAUCACAUGUCUUUCUCUUUCUUUUUUCACCCUCUUACCUUUAUGGAGCACAUUUUCUACAGUUGGGGGAAAAAAUUUUUGCAACUGUGCAUGUCUGUAAAUACCUUUAUUCUACCCUCAUACUUCCAUGAGAAUUUGCCUGGCUACUGAAUCUUAGUUCGGAAAUAAUUUUCCUUGAGAAUUUUUAUGGCAUUUCCCUAAUACAUUUUAGGUUUCAAUAUUAGGUUAAGAAGACUGAAGUCAUUUAAAUUCCUAAUUCGUUAUAUAUCACUUCUUUUUCCCCUUUUCUGGAAACUUCUCUUUGACAUGAGUUUUCUAAAAUUUUUGAUGAUAUGCUUUGAAAUGGGUCUAUCUGGGGUUCUUUCAAUGUAGAAAUUAAUGUCUUUCCAUUUUAGGAAAUAUUCUGAAUUAUUAAAAUUUCUUUCCUGAAUUUCAUUAAAAAUUUCUUUCCAUUUUUUUUCUGCUGUGAAAUGCCUUUUAUCCAGGAAUUAAGACUUCCUCAGCUGGUCCUCUAAUUUUCUUAGUUUUUCCCUCCUUUUUUCCAUCUCUCUGUCCUUUUGCUCUACUUUCUUGAAGACGUUCUCAACUUUAUAUUAUAAUCCUUCUUUAGAACUUUUUCCUUUUUUAUUGAGGUAUAUAACUUAAAGUGCACAAGUCUUAAGUGUGCAGCUCAGUGACCUUUUACACUGUGCACAUACACUGUGUACACCCCGGCAACACCCCUUCAAAAUACAGAACACUUCCAACUCCCCAGAAGGAUCCUUCAUCCCUCCCAGUCAGUACUUUAAUCACUAUUCUGAUACCACAGAUGAAUUCUGCCUGCUUUUUAAAAAUCAGCUUUAUUGAGGUAUAAUUUUCAUACAAUUAAAUCCACUAAUUUUAAGUGUACAGUUGAUGAGUUUUGAAAACUUUAUAAACUGCAUAACCACCACUACCACCACAACAAAGGUAAAGAACAUUUCCAUCACCCCAGAAAACUCCCUUUUGCCACUUUGCAUUCGACCUCCAAUUCUCACCAUGCACUCUCCUGUUCCCUUCUCCCUACACAGGCCCACCUCAGUUUACCGCGCCUCAUUUUACUGCACUUCGCAGACACCAUUUUUUUACAAUUUGAAGAUUCAUGGCAACUGUGCAUCUAGCAAGUCUACCGGUGCCAUUUUUCUAACAGCAUGUGCUCACUUUGUGUCUCUAUGUCACAUUUUGGUAAUUCUCACAAUAUUCCAAACUUCUCCAUUUUUAUUACAUCUGUUAAUAGUGAUCAGUGAUGUUACUGUUGUAAUUGUAUUGGGGCACCACAAACCAUGCCCUAUAGCAAGGUGAAUAUAAUUGAUAAAUACUGUGUUCUGACUGCUCUACCAAUAGGCUGUUGCCCUCUCUCUCUCUUCUCCUCGGGCCUCCUUUUCCCGGAGACACAAUACUGAAAUUAGGCCAAUGAAGAACCCUACAAUAGCCUCCAAGUGUUCAAGUGAAAGGGAAUAGUUGCAUGUCUCUCACUUGAAAUCAAGGGCCAGAAAUGACUAAGCUUAGCAAGCAAGGCAUGUUGAAAGCUAAGAUAGGCCAAAAGGUAGAUCUCUCGUGCCAAAAAGCCAAGUUGUAAACGCAAAGAAGUUCUUGAAAGAAAUUAAAAGUGCUACUCCAGUGAACAUAUGAAUGAUGAGAAAGCAAAACAGCCUUAUUGCUGAUAUGGAGAAAGUGUGAGUGGUCUGGACAGAAGAUUAAACCAGCCACAAUAUUCCCUUAAGCCAAAGCCUAAUCCAGAACAAGACCCUAAUUGUCUUCAAUUCUAUGAAGGCUGAAAGAGGUGAGGAUGCUGCAGAAGUAUGAAGCAAGUAGAGACUGGUUUACGAGGUUUAAGGAAAGAAGCCUUUUCCAUAACACAAAAGUGCAAGGUGAAGCAGCAAGUGCUAAUGUAGAAGCUGCAGCAAGUUGUCUAGAACUAGCUAAGAUCAUUGAUGAAGGUGGCUACACUAAACAACAGAUUUUCAAUGUAGACAAAACAGCCUUCUAUUGGAAAAAUAUUUCAUCUAAGGUUUUCCUGGCUAGAGAGGAGAAGUGAAUGCCUGGGUUCAAAGCCUUAAAGGACAGGCUGGCUCUCGUGUCAGGGGCUGAUUUAGCUGACGACUUGAAGUUGAAGCCAAUGCUCAUUUACUAAUAUGAAGAUCCUAGGGCCCUUAAGAGUUAUGCUGAAGCUACUCUGCCUGUGCUCUGUAAAUGGAAUAGCAAAGUCUAGAUGACAGCACAUCUGUUUACAGUAUGGCUUACUGAAUAUUUUAAGCCCAACUUUGAGAGCUAUGGCUCAGAAAAAAAGAUUCCUUUAAAAAUAUUGCCACUCACUGACAAUGCACCUGGUCACCAAAGAGCUCUGAUGUAGAUGUACAAAGAGAUAAAUGCUGUUUUCAUGCCUGCUUAUCCAUUCUGCAGCCCAUGGAUAAAGGAGUUAUUUCAACUUUCAAAUCUUAUUAUUUAAGAAAUACAUUUUUUAAGGCUAUAGGUGCCAUAGAUAGUGAAUUCCUUUGAUGAAACUGGGCAAAGUAAAUUGAACACUUUCUGGAACAGAGUCACCCUUCUAGAUGCCAAUAAGAACAUUUGUGAUUCAAGGGAGGAUGUCAAAACAUUAACACUAACAGGAGUGUUACAGAAACUGAUUCCAGUCCUCAUAGAUGACUCUGAGGGUUUCAAGACUUUAUUGGAGGAAGUCACUGCAGAUGUGGUAGAAACAGCAAGAGAACUAGAAUUAGAAGUGGAGCUUGUAGAUGUGACUGAAUUGCUGCAAUCUCAUGAUAAAACAUAAACGGGGUAGGGCACAGUGGCUCACACCUGUAAUCUCAACACUUCAGGAGGCCAAGGCAAAACGAUCACUUAAGACCAGGAGUUCAAGACCAGCCUGGGCAACACAGCAAGACCCCAUCUCUACAAAAAAUAAAAAAAAAAACUUGAAUGGAUGAGUUGUUUCUUAUGCAUGAGCAAAGAAAGUGGCUUCUUGAGCUGCAAUCUACUCCUGGUGAAGAUGCUUGUGAACACUGUUGAAAUAACAAUAAAGGAUUUAGAUUACUACAUAAUCCUAGUUGAUAAAGCAGCAGCAGGGUUUGGAGAGGAUUGACUCCAAUUGUGAAAGAACUGCUACUGUGGGUAAAAUGCUAUCAAACAGUAUAAUUGCAUGCCAUGGAGAAAUUUUUCACAAAAGGAAGAGUCAAUACAUCCACCAAACUUUGUUGUUGUCUUAUUUCAAGAAUUGCCCUGGGCCAGGCACAUUGGGUCAUGCCAGUAAUCCCAACACUUUGGGAGGCCAAGGCAGGAGUAUCACUUGAGGCUAGAAGUUCAAGACCAGCCUGGGCAACAUAGCAAGAUGCCAAUUCUAAAAAAAAAAAAAAAAAAAAAAAUUUUAAUUAGUCACAUGGGCACUGAGAACGCGGGUCCACGCAUGGGAUCGUCCGUGCAUCUAGCCUUUGCCCACACAGCUUGUUCAGUCAUGGCCUCAGGUAAUGCGCGCAUGGGAAAGCCCGCCCCUAACUUCAAGGCCACAUCCAUGGUGGAUGGCGCCUUCAAAGAGGUGAAGCUGUCAGACUACAAAGGGAAGUACGUGGUCCUCUUUUUCUACCCUCUGGACUUCACUUUUGUGUGCCCCACGGAGAUCAUUGUGGUCAGCAGCCAUGCCGAGGACUUCCGCAAGCUGGGCUGCGAAGUGCUGGGCGUCUUGGUGGACUCUCAGUUCACCCACCUGGCUUGGAUUAACAUCCCCCGGAAGGAGGGAGGCUUGGGCCCCCUGAACAUCCCCCUGCUUGCUAAUGUGGCAAGACGCUUGUCUGAGGAUUAUGGUGAGCUAAAAACAGAUGAGUGCAUUGCCUACUGGGGCCUCUUUAUCAUUGAUGGCAAGGGUGUCCUUCACCAGAUCACUGUUAAUGAUUUGCCUGUGGGACGCUCAUUGGAUGAGGCUCUGCAGCUGGUCCAGACCAUCCAGUACACGGACGAGCACAGGGAAGUUUGUCCUGCUGGCUGGAAGCUUGGCAGUGACACAAUUAAGCUCAACGUGGAUGACAGCAAGGAAUAUUUCUCCAAACAAAAUUAGGCUGGCCAAUGGAUAGUGAGCUUGUGCCCCUACCUAGGUGCCUGUGCUGGGUGCCCACCUGUGCCCCUACCUAGGUGCCCUGUGCUGACCCAGAAAAGGCCAGACCUGCCCCUCCAAACACCACAGUCUGGGACCCUGGAGGGCUAGGCCAAGGCCUUCUCAUGCCUCCUCCUGGGAGUUGAAUAGUGACGCCCACUCCCGAGCCGGCCCAGCAGCACACAGGCCUAGAGGUGACCAAUAAAGUAUUAGGGACAAGAAAAAAAAAAUUAGUCACAU